AUGGUAACAAAUCGAGGAGGAACCGUGCCAGUAACCACUUAUUAUCGUGGAGGGAGCGUUUAUCAGUCGCGAACUACAAGUUUCUAUGCUCGUAACCCAGUCUCCAACACAGUUCCACUAUCCAACAUCAACACUCGUCCCACUCAGAGCGAUACCACUACUACUGCGCCCAGGUUCUUCCCUAUGUCAUUGGCUGCAACACCGCAAUUCGUUGAUAAUGUGAGUAUGCCAAUACAGUUCCCAUUGCCGGUGAGGCGCAUGGUUCACCAGGUACAACCACUGCCAUCUCGUCGUGACAUUCGUCUCACAACACCUACACCGAUAAUGAUAUCUAAGAAAGCACCGAUAGGUGUAGAUGUGACAUGUGCCGGGACGAGCGAGAGAAGGAGCAGCGGUGAUGAGGCGACUAGUGCACCCAGCCGUGACACAGAAACAAAAAAUGAAGAGAAUAUGGAGGUCUCAGAAGCGAAUCACGGCGAUAAUGAAGAAACGGAAGAUGAUGGGAACACCUCGCCAGAUGUGUUAAGAAGCAAUGAGGACACUUGGGAUUUCUGGGAUCGUGUCUAUAGCGAUCCGGAACUGCGACAAAGUAUGCAGGAAAGACAGAGAGAUUCUCCAAUGGCGGAAUUACUGCAUUCGGAUAAACUCUGCAAAGCACAACUAGUUUUCUUUAAUGUUCCGCGGACAACAACACGUUGUUCGAAGUUUAAUUCACCGCGAGAUUAA